AUGCCUCGCAAGUUCACCUUUCCAAGCAUAAAGAUGUACGAAGGAACAGGAGAUCCUGACAAUCACAUUUCUCAGUACAAGCAACGCGUGCUAGCCGUAGCAAUCCCCCGAGAUGCACGAGAAGCCACCAUGUGCAAGGGAUUCGGAUCGACCUUCACUGGCCCUGCUCUCCAGUGGGCCAAGACCUAUCAAAAGUAUGAUCAGAAUUCCUCAAAGCCAACUAGGAACGAUCGCGAUGAGCCCUCUCAUCCUAAGUCCGCUAGGGAGACUAGCAACCCGAGCAGGGGCAGAUAUCAACAUCGCCCUUUGCCUAGAUCCGAAGGAAUGAUGGUAUCUACAUGGCCCGAUAUCUCUCAUCUUGCGAUAUCAAAGCCGAAGCUAAUCGGUGUCCUGCGACAAAUGGGUCUUCAAGUCAAAUGGCCCCCUAAUAUGAAGGCCUCAGAGGCUAAUCGAAAUCCCAAGAGGUGGUGCGAGUUCCAUAGUGACCAUGGUCACACUACGGAAGAUUGCAUAGCCCUGAAGAUAGAAGUCGCCAAGCUUCUCAAGAAAGGCCACCUAAGGGAGUUCCUUUCAGACAAAGCCAAGAACCCUCUGAAUAAAGAAGGUCCCGGUAUCCUUACCGAAACAGCUCCCGCAUUGCCACCACACCAAGACCUAGUGAUCCAUGUCAUCUCAGGCAGAUCGGAAGUAAGCGGAAUCAGUAAUGCUGCUAUCAAGAGAAGUGCUCGCAACGCCAGGAACGGCCAAGGGGCUGAGGGUCCUAAGCGCCUCCUCCUCGGAACGGAUGAGAUCAGCUUCACUGCAAGGGAGCAGGAGAAGGUCCUUGCUCCUCACCACGAUUCCCUUGUCAUUUCACUUACCAUAGCAAACUGCUUUGUCAAGCGAAUACUGGUCGACAAUGGGAGCUUCAGCAACAAUAUCUUCCACUCGGCCUACGCCGACCUAGGGUUAGAACCUACGGCCCUAACUAGAAAGGCGACUCCCCUUGUAGGCUUCAGUGGAGAAGUAAAGCAAACCUUAGGAGAAGUUCUUCUCCCAGUGUAUGCCGAGGGAUAA